UAAGUUCUUAGUCAAGGAAGGGAGUGGCCGCCCAUAUUUUAAGCAAAGCAUAUGCCGCCCUACUGUGCCUCCCCGCAGCCAGUCCCACAGCGCGUCCAUUCAGUGUGCGGGCCGACUCACUCAGCUGCAUGGCCCCUACCGAGCGCUCUGCUCUCUCCCGUCUCUGUCCCGCCUGUGUCUCUCAUUCACUCGCCCCCUGCGCUUCUCCUAACUGAACAUGAACUUCAUGAAACUUGCUCUGCUGCUUCUCCUGCAAGUCUCCUAUGUGUUUGUCUAUGGAGCGGUGAUAGGGGCGCAUCAGAAUGAAGUUUUCAGUAAAGCCACAAGCGACUUUGCACCGGCUGGGGAAAGUUUCCAGUAUGAAGAUAAAAGAGUGUUUACAGUAGGAAACCACAUCGUUGCCUCGCCAAGGGCGGUUUCACCCUCAAAGCCACUGAGCACAGAACGACAAAAUAAAGGUCAAAACUCAAGAGGCAAGAAAGGAAAAGGAAGGAAAAGAGAUCCUUGUAAAAAAAAGUACAAAGAUUAUUGCAUUCAUGGAGAAUGUCGAUACAUCAAAGCAAUUAAGGCACCAUCCUGUGUAUGUCAAACAGAUUAUCAUGGUGAGCGAUGCCAUGCACUUACCCUUCCACUGGAAAAUCCUUUAAAUCCAUAUGAUCACACCACAGUCUUGGCGGUAGUAGCGGUUGUUCUCUCAUCGGUUUGUUUAAUUAUUAUUUCAUCCUUGCUAAUUUUAAGGUACCAUAAAAGAGGAGCUUAUAAUGUGGAAAAUGAGGAGAAAUUAAAACUUGGAAACACUGCAUAAAUAUGAUUCCUUGUCUUUAAAACUGACAUGACAUCACAUUUGGAAUAGAAAAGUUACGGGUUGAAUUUUUUUUUGCUUUUAAUGCAAACUUUUCGCCUGGAUUGUGUCCACGUCUUUGUGAUUGUACGACAUCUGCCUGAGAGGAAGAUUGACAUUUGAAUUCCGAAUUCACUAAUAGACAUUUUAAUAACCAAAUAGAUGAAUUGCAAGUAUUCAUACACACCUUUGACCUGAAGAACUAGGUGCUCCCAUGAAUUAAUUGGGUUUUUAUUUUUAUAGUAUUUUUUAUGAAAAAACUUUACUUCAGCGUAGAAAGCAAUAUAAUGCCCUAAAAUCACCCCCCAUGUGAACAGAAGCAUUUUCAUUUAAGGCACUUUUCCAGUAUAUAGCAAAGUGGUCCUAUGUCAGUUUAGACCUUCCACUGACAAGCUGUAUCUAUUAAGCCCCUGGCUUGUUAUUCUAAAGAAUGUUAAGUGUGCAGCUGAACACGCUGAGGGGGGAAUUUAGGCUAGUGUUGGUCUCUGGCAAUGUGAAUAAAUGACAAAGGAGGGAAAUACUUUUUCAUACUUGUAACCCAAAUGUUUCUUUAGAAAUGACUUGGAUUUAUAAUAUGUAAACAAAAGUUGCUGCAGGUUUUUCUGCAUUAGGUUCCUAAUGAAAAGAAGGAUUUAAAACCGCAUUCAUUUUUCUGUUGGUAAUAGUAGCGAUAGUGGUAUCAGAAUGUAACUCGGUGAAGGACAUCUGUGUAUUUGCAUCUGUCCUAAAUAAGCCUGAAAAUGUUUUGAUGAAUUGCUGUGUAUCGCAUGUGAGCAUAAAGGUAGAGAGAUGUUUCUAAUGGAAGAAAGUAUAGUUUGAUUGAGUUUGUACCAUUCAAAACACCCUCACACUUUUGGGGUAUAUAUAUUCAAGGGGAUAGAACUGACUUCAACACAGUUUGUCACAGGGGAGGUCCACAACCCUCUUUUACUUUCAGAUUUCCUAUCGGUAUUUAUAGGUUAUCUAAACAAAAGGCAGCCCUUGUAGAAACAAUAUGCCCUACGAAUAGGGAUUAAAUAGAAAUCCACCACUAUGUAUGAAUUAUACAUUGGUUAGAUAACUGAUAAUUAAACCUACACGCUUAGGGUACACUUAGGGAUCGAGGGUUAUCACUCAAGGUCAGUACCACUGAAUUUUUAUAUGUAAAAUAGCAUCAUGGAUUGGAUUGAUAUUUGACAAAUGGAUAGUUUAGGAUUAAUUAUUUUACAGAAAUGUAAAAUUACUGAAGUGAUGCUACCUGGCUGAUCAUUUGAAACUAGUAGCUCUUACUAAACAUUUGAUGAGCUAUUUCAUUACAUCUGCAAACGGAUACUGUUUCUGAAGAUCUAGUCAAGAGAGAAUUUGUUGGGCCCAGACAACACUGACUUCACUCAUGCAAGCAGUGCUACUUACUCUAAGGGAAUAUGGCCUACAGGCAAAUAUAGUUUACAGUCUAGUUAAAAGAAGACCACACAGUGACACAGAUGGAUCUUAUGUAUAUUAGCAUAUGGAUAAGAGUGCUAUGGCUGUGGUAUAUCUCUUAUUUGUUGUUGGAUAAAUGAAUGCCCUCGCCAAUCUAGUGGUUCAUGACUGUCCAUGUUUGGUUGAUGUCUAUGGUAAACUUGUCACUGGCAGUGAUUGUGGAGGAGGGUUUCUGUGUUAGAAAUGUAUUGCAGAGGUAUUCAAACAUGUGGCUCAUUUGCCAUUACAGUGCAAUUUUGCAACUGGACCCAAACUGCUAUUGUUCUACCUGCAGCUGGCAAAGCAGAGUUUAAGUUCCCUGGUCCUGUAUUUGGUCAGGCCCACCUAAGUCAGUAAGAGUGUUACAGAUACACAACCCAUUUAUGUUAGAAUUGCCCCCUAUAGUUCUAGAUGUAUCCAUAUGAGAAAGUGAGCAUUUACUCUAGGGCAAAGUGCACACAGUGUUUUGAUUGCUGGCAAUCAAACACUGCUCCCUGCUACAGACAUUUGCCCAUUUACAUGAAAGGGAAGCACCACAGGCCAUCCUGCUCUGCUUCAUUUUCAGUGCUUCUCAUGGAUAAGAAUAGGCUGUUAUCCGUGGCAAUCAGCAGCAA